UUCCUUUUGUGUUUUGUAUGUGUGUGUAACAUGUCAGUGCAGGAUGAAGUUCCCGAUAGUUCAGGUACUAUUUCUGUGUGUGGGAUUUUAAGCUGUAAACAGCUCAGUUAAUGUGGCGUUUCAUAAACCAGCCUGGCUCUCAUCAGCUUGGAUUCGAAGAUCAAAGGCUGAAAAUGUUGUGGAUGGAACUAAAUACAGAGAUAGGGAUACAUUUUUUGACAGAUGUGUUCACACCAGAGUUGAAAAUUUCCCUCGCUGGUGGGUGAACCUCACUGGCGAUUACACCAUAGCAAGGAUCGACAUUGACUAUAGACGUGGAUCGAGCUACAGAAUGUUUGGUUACAAACUGAUUGUAUCAGACACAGAAGAUAGACGCCGGUGGAACUCGAAUCACCAGAUAGAAGGCCACAUAUGUCGUGACGAGACUAGAAGAAACCCACCUCUUCAGCAGUCGGUCCCAUGUCUAGCCAGAGGACGUUUCAUAACAUACGCUGAUAAUGUAGACAAUGGCGAUUAUAAUCCUUAUGUAGAGCUGUGCGAGCUAGAGGCAUAUGGUUGUCCGACUGGAUGGUUUGGACAGGACAACUGUUUGGAAAAGUGUCCGGAUGGAUGCCGGGAUACAGUUUGUAAUCCGGACAACGGCACAUGUUUUGCUGGAUGUGAAAGCGGCCUGCAGGGAGACAUCUGUGAUACAACAUGCAACCAUGGCAGCUUUGGUUUAUGGUGUCAACAAUUCUGUUUCUGUGAUGUUGACACAUGUGACCCUCAAAAUGGAACGUGCCCUAGCGACAGAUGUCAGCGGGGGUGGAACGGAACAGCAUGUAACCAACGUUGUGGCGACCAAACCUUUGGACAAAAUUGUGAAGAAACAUGUCACUGUCUACAGGGAUCAUGUGACGCUGCCAAUGGAACUUGUAUAUAUGAAGGAUGUGAGCCAGGAUGGCAAACGGAAUCCUGCAGUAUAGAAUGUGACAAAGGCAGGUUUGGCCAUGAUUGUAACCUUACAUGCGGAGCGUGUAGACACAAUGCUCCGUGCGAUCACGUGACUGGAAAAUGUCCUAACGGUUGCUCGGAUGGAUGGACCACAUCCUUCUGUGAUGAGUCUUGCCCGAUCGGAACAUUUGGAAUCAACUGUACAGGAGAAUGUUUUUGUAAGAAUGGCACGUGUGACCCAACAAACGGUGUCUGUCCAGGCAACGCGUGUGAUAGAGGCUGGAACGGACCUUCAUGUAGUUCUCAAUGUGACCCUGGGUCCUAUGGUUAUAACUGUAAGCAGAGCUGUAAUUGUCAGACAGAGUCGUGUAACAGGACGACAGGGCAGUGUCCACCGGGUGGUAGUAAGGACGGAUGGAGGACGGACAAUUGUAGCCAGAAAGAAUGGUCUGGAGACACUUGUAGUCAAGAACAUCAAUAUGAGGUUAAUGGAAGCCAAGACAGCCUUGCAAAUACUAAAUGCAUUAUCGGAUACGCUAUACUUGGGACUGUUCUAGCCAUAUCCGUUUUCUACAACAUUGGCUUGACUGUGUUUUGUCUAAGACAAUCCAGGAGGAUUAAAACGCCCCCUAAAUCGGCAACAGCCCAUGAAAUGCAGCCAAUCAGUGUGUCACAGGACAAUUCGAACUAUGAUGGUUUAGACACAACAAAAGUAGAUAACGUUAAAAACAUUUAUGAAACAAUCGGGAAGUAAAGAAGAAUCCGUAGCGUCUUUAACUAGUGAAAACGAUGCAAAAAGACGCAUGACAAAGAAUGACAUGAUGAUUCUAUUAUUGUAUUACAUAAAGCAGUAUGCAUUCAAAUCGAAUCUAAACUGAUUGUAAAAAACACUAAAAAAUCUUUAUGCCAACAGUCAUUUAGCUAAUGCGAUGUAAAUUGCAUGUCCCUGCAGGUUUGGAAAACCUAGACCUGCUGUAUCACACUGCAUGUCGUAAAGCUGACAAAUGUAGGAGGCACGGUAGUCUAGUGGUAGGAGGCCAGGCUCGUGACCGAAGGGUUGCGGGUUCGAGUCACGGC